AUGGCCAAAUCCGCAGAUGAGCAGAUCGAGCAUCGCGAGAGCGAACAAAAGGGUCUCAACAUUGAACAAGAUGCUCUCUACCAGGCCUAUGCCUCCAAAAGUCCGGAAUGGCAUCACAAGAUGACUCGUACCUUGUUACGCAAGGUCGACAUGCACCUUCUACCCUUCCUGAUUCUGAUGUAUCUCCUUAACUUCCUGGAUCGCAAUAACUUGUCCCAAGCCCGUCUGGGCUCCCUUGAGGAAGAUCUUGGGAUGGAAGGCACUGACUUUAAUCUGGCUACGAGCAUUUUGUUUGUUGGGUAUUUACUCAUGCAAUUGCCAUCCAACUUGCUCCUUACUCGCAUUCGCCCCUCGCGAUUUCUCGGGGCGGCCAUGGCCAUUUGGGGUGUCAUAUCCGCAUGCCAGGCGGCCUGUCAGUCUUUCACCGGACUGGUUGUUUCGAGAUUUUUCCUAGGUUUUGUCGAAGCCCCCUUCUUCCCAGGUGCAGUUAUGUUGAUGUCGAGUUGGUACACAAGACAAGAGCUGAGCCACCGCAUUGCUUGGUUCUAUGCCGGUAGCUCAUUGGCCAAUGCCUUUGGUGGUUUGAUUGGGGCAGGUGUCCUUGGAAACUUGGAUGGUAGCCACGGAAUCACCGGAUGGAGAUGGCUCUUUAUCAUAGAGGGAUCGAUUACCGUGGGGGUAUCUAUUCUCGCCGGCAUCUUUCUUCCCAACUACCCUGCGACAACCUCUUGGCUAGAUGAGCAGGAGCAAGCAUAUGCCCAAUGGCGUCUUAUCGAUGAUGCUGGAGAGGCUGAUGAUGCGAAAUCGGCCAGUAUCAAGGAAGCACUAGCCCUUGUGUUUGCCGACAAACGCAUUUAUCUCUUUAUCCUUCUUCAGCACAUCUCCCUUCUAUCGCAAAAUUUCCAAUACUUCUUCCCCACCAUUGUGCAGACCUUGGGGUACAAUAACAUCGAAACCCUCUUGAUCACUGCACCGGUGUGGAUCGCUACAUUCCUUGUAUCCCUAUUAGCCACCUGGUCUUCUGGUCGCACAGACGAUCGCAGUCUGCACAUCAUUGGCCUGAUGCUCAUUAGUGUUGUGGGCGGCAUUAUCUGCACUGUGACAACUAAUACCGGAGCCAAGUUUUUUGCCAUGUUCCUGAUGCCAAUGGGCGCAGUGUCAGCAUACCAGAUUAUUCUUGCCUGGGUAGCCAACUCAUUCCCUCGGCCAUUGGUGAAACGAUCUGCUGCAAUUGCGUUAGCCAACAUGAUCGGUAACACAGCUUCGAUCUACGGCAGCUAUAUGUGGCCAUCCUCUUCUGGUCCACGAUACAUCCCCGGCGGCAGCGCUACCGCAGCGGUUGCUUUGUUGGUUGCGAUCGUAGCAUUUGUGAUCCGCAUGGUUCAUGCGAAAAUGAAUCGACGGUUGGAAGAGGCUGAGAGCUCCGAGGAUCUUCCCUCGGAUUCAAACAAUUCUGAGGCUCGUGCGGUCGGAUUCCGUUAUAUUCUAUAA